GAAGUAAAGAUCAAUUAUUCGCGGCGAGAGGCCCGCACUCCGCAGAGUCGUGCGUUGGGUUCGGUGCGCGUCAACAUCAGCUGUUGUUUCGCUCUCGCGUGAAAUGACAGUUUCGUGGAGGUUCACGAUGUGGAAAUCGUUUUCGUGAGGGUGUUCCGUGUACCGUGCAGGCGAGCCGGGUUCGAUCCACUCUCGGAAAAGAUGAACGGGAGCCUGGGAAUAAUGCGCGGACCUGAGCAACAUCCACAGAGGUUCGCGGAUUAUUUUGUCAUAUGCGGGCUGGACAAAGAUUCGGGCCUGGAGCCAGACAAAUAUUUCGGGGACUCGUUACAAUGCACACCUCUGGACCGGGCGUAUAAGAGCAAAGUACUGGGACACUAUCCGGACUCUGUACCAUGGAAUCCUUUCGACGAGCACGCUGUUUGCAUGCUUUGCCUACCGAGCGGGCUGAGAUUCCGCACCCAGAAGCACUCCGUGGAGCCGACGUUCCACUCUUUCGUGCUCACCAAGGAGGACGGGCACAGAACGUACGGGUUCAGUCUUGUUUUCUACGAGGAGUGCCGGAACCGGAAAAUAUGCGCGGCUAUGCAAACACUGCAGGCGAUGCAUAUCACGGAACUGAGCAGCGGCCAAAACGGUACACCGCCAACGGUAAGAAAAGGACAGGAUGGACACAACACACGUUCGUUGCCACGGCACUUCAAGCUAUCAGCACAUUCGCCGAGCGCCGCGUUAGGCUACUAUGACUCUACCAAAGACAAGUUGCUAGUGACUAAAUCGAUAUCCUUGCUAUGCCAGCAGCCUUACCUUCACGCGGCAAAAACGUUCCUCACUAAUCUCUACAAAUGUGUUCCUAGACACCCAGGACCUGGUCUUAGCUUAGAGUCCUACGUGUACAAUCUCCUUUACAAUGUACCGGUACCAUUGCCUGGAAAGUCACUGAAGUUCUUCGUUCCCAACGAUGAGCCAGCGAAAUCGCCAUUGGAACUGGUCAUACACCAUCCGACGCCGCUGCAGGAAUUACCGAUGCUAGAUUACCCUUUGAAAGACAUGUUUACGUGGCUCGGCGCCGACUGCGUGAUUCAGUUAUUCACUUGUGUCCUGUUGGAGAACCAGGUGUUGCUCAGGAGCACGGAUUUCCACAAGCUGAUGGUGGUAUCCGAGUGUAUAACGGCACUCCUCUUUCCAUUUUCCUGGCAACAUGUGUACGUACCUAUAUUGCCCGCCAGCCUGCAUCAUUUCUUGGACGCGCCGGUACCGUUCAUAAUGGGUCUCCACGUUCAGAGCGAGGGCGGUGUACUGAAAAUUGCUAGCGAAGCAAAUCUUUGUUAUGUAGAUAUAGAUAAACAGAGUAGCCAAUUUCCGGAAGAAUUACCUGUGUUUCCUCAUAAGAUGCAAUUCAUUGCCGAGAUUAGAGCUCUUCUAAACAAGUACAAAGUACCAUACUCAGGAAAGACUGAUAACAUGGUCAUCAAUCAUUACAAUGGCGACAUCAUGACUAGUAGUUUGACGCUUCCUGGUUCCGGGUUUCAUCUUCCUCGUAGAAAACACUCAUUACAUGAUGUUCUCGAUUGGGAUCGACCCGAUUCAACACCACAAUCUGACGCAUUACAAAGAAUAGUAGAUAUCGUUACACGAACAGGAGUGAAUGUAGACGACAUUGAUUCUAUAGAGGACAACGUAAAAGAAAGGAUACUAACACCUCAAGAGGAGUAUCAAGAGACACUUAUGUUUAAUAAUGCCAUUAGAGAGAUUUUUUUGAAUCGUUUUGUACAGAUCUUUUCUAGUUAUGAACACUUUGUUAUUCAACCAAGUCAGGACAAGGAUGAAUGGUUGAAUAAUAGAGACAGUAUGCAUGUUUUUGAUAAGGCUACAUUUUUAUCUGACCAACCCACGCAGCAUUUGCCAUUUCUGUCUAGAUUCCUAGAGACGCAAAUGUUUGCAUCUCUGGUAGACAGUAAAGUUAUGUCAACGUGGAGCGAACUUGAUUUUAAUAUACGAGUUUUUGACCAAAGAAUUUCGUUCUUAAGGAAAAAAGUUGGCGAGGGAAUUGUUCGAUCAACACGAUACGAACCCUGCACAAGUGUAGAAGAGUCACAGAAGGUGUUAGAGCUAAGAUUAACAAAUGUGGAUUUCGAAACGAAUCCACCCACUGAAAUGCUUCCUCAUAGAGCAGCGUAUUUUCGAAGUUUUCCUUUGCUAGACAGUGUUGCAUUAAAUAAGGAACCAGCUCAGAGCAUACUUCGCAGUCGGAGGGGACAAACUCAAUGGAAGUAUAAAAUGAAAUCUAUGGAAACGAAUGGGAAGCCACCUGCACCUCAAGAGACUCAGUCACCUAGGCCACAGACCAAGCUUUCAGCGGACAUGAGUCCAGCAUUAAUUGCCCAAGCUAAUUGGACUUUCGUUGAAAAAUUGCUCAAGGAUUGCAAAUCGAAGACAAAAAGGAUGUUAGUUGAAAAAAUGGGCUCUGAAGCUGUUGCACUGGGUCACGGAGGGGAGUCUUUGUCCGAUGUAGAAGAAAAUACUUUAGUUGCCAGUCUUUGCGAUCUCUUGGAACGUGUUUGGAGUCAUGGAUUACAAAAUAAACAAGGGAAAAGUGCUCUUUGGUCGCAUCUCACCAUGUAUCAAGAGUUGGAAGAGUGUAACGACGCGACUAAAUCUAUAGAUCCUAAUUUUCUUUCUCCUGACAAGAAAUCACCAAAUAAAUUUUUUGGAUUACCGGACCGUUUAAUUUCAUCGUUUAAGGGCAGAAAUAUUUUUGAGAUUGCUUCUUAUAUCAAGGAGAAUUUUAAUGAUUUAUCGAAUUUGGCAUUGGAAACCGAUGUUUCACCAACCCGAGGAUCAGACAAACAUAAAUCUCCUGGAGACAGAAAGAUUGGGCCUGAACACCUGAGGCCUUUACCUGAUUCUUUACUCUUUGAUAUUAGAAAUGUUCAAGCCAUGACAGAUAUCAAGACUCACAUUGGAUAUGCCAGAGCUUGGGUUCGAUUGGCAUUGGAGAAGAAACUUCUUUCUCGUCAUUUGAAAACGUUAUUAUCUGACACGACUUUAUUGAGGAGUCAAUAUAAACGUUCAGCAUUUCUACGUUGCGAAGAAGAGAAAGAGCAAUUCUUGUAUCAUCUUUUAACAUUGAAUGCAGUAGAUUAUUUUUGUUUCACUAACAAUUAUCCAACUACCAAAUUGCCAUAUAGGGUUGUCAUAUUUCCUAGUCGUAAAGCGAGUGCAGCUACUACUUCAGCGAACAGUUGGAUCGCUAUUUCAGGCAGCCUUUGCGAAACAAAUCCAGUUCCCAUACCCAAGGGAGCAUUAGAAUUUGUAUUUCACCAUAAAAAUUUGGGUGUGCUCUCUACAUUACGCAUAGGACAUGACAAUACAGGUCUUUCUCCUAAAUGGAUGGUAGAACACGUCGUGAUAAGAAAUGAAGUUACAGGGCAUACGUUUAAAUUUCCUUGUGGUAGGUGGCUCGGCAGAGGUAUUGACGAUGGCUCUACCGAGAGAUUGUUAGUAGGGGCUUUAGUACCUCGUAGCAUUGAUAGCGAAGAACUAGUUGAAUCAUGUUCAACACCACCCAGGUGUAGAUCGCCUAGUAUUCCCAGGCGACCCAUAUUAUCUCAAGUUGAGUUGCAACAUAUGCUAGGAGAAGCUGUAAAUGCAAUUGUUAAAUUCCACUAUAGAAGAGAGUGCCAAGAUGGCUCCCUGACAGCUUUACUUUGUGGAGAAGGCGGUCUCGUCCCGUCAUUAGAGCAAAUAUUUUUAUUCGGGUUCAAAAACCAGAGGAUAUUUGGCAGAAAUUUUUAUGUUUGGGACUAUCUCUUGCGCAUCAAGGAGAAUUUUGAAAUUUCAUUACUGGAAGAAAUGGAUGAAUAUUCGCAACGACUGAACAGAGAUAGGCGAGCUGCACAUGCAGAGAGUAAUCAGAGGUUUGCAACUUUGAGAUGUUAUUGUCACCUCAUUGAUCAGAUUAACAUGUUCAGCCAAACUCUUGGUAAAGAUGGGAAGUUUCAACUGUUUAUCUGCUUGGCAGCGAGGGAGCAGCUUCUUCAUUCGAUGCUACGACCAAUGAGUGAAGCACGUUCUACCGCAGACAUGUACGAAGAAAGUUCAUUUCUGAGGAACCGUACGUUAUUAAAUUUUCUCGUUCAUAUUCUCGAGCCAUUGUGCGAAUUCCACAUUGUUCUUGAAAAGAGUCUGACUCACGGAAUUUCAAGUAUAUGUUAACUUACAAGAAAACAUUCCGUUUGAUUAGGACAUGUUUCUUUGAAGCAACACAGUUUCGCAAAUUCUAAAUAAUAUGAAGUGAAAAAAAGAAUGAGAGUUAUAUUGGAGAAAUGAAGAAGUUUCUAAACUUAUUAUUAAGGAACUAAAGAGGAAUUUAAUAACGCAAAUGAAGACUGUUACAGAACUGUAAAAUAGUCGUUUUUAGAUGACAAAUCAUUUGAUGAGAACGUUAAUACGUGAGUGAUAACGAACGCGAAUAGAUAAAGAAAUCGUAGAUCUUGCUCUGUUUCCAUAAAUUAUGACAACAAUGAAGAUAAGAGUCAAAGCGAAGAUGAAUUUAAUUCAGCCCAUCUUGCCCUAGUUAUUCGUAUAAAGCAAACUGACGAAUCGUGUACCAAAGAUGUGAUCCUAUUAGUUGUUAAUAUUAGUAUUAUUGAUAACGUCAUUAUUCUUAAGUCUUUAGUUUUUUUACAGAUUUUUAGUAAGCAGACAUUUAAGGAAAGCGCAAACAAUGUGUAUCGCGAUGACCGAAAAGAUAAAAGGGAAGAGUAUGGUUUUUACAUAUUCUAUCAGUAAUUAUCUCAAUUGAACAAUUAAAACGAAAACAGAAUCUUCUUCCAAAAAUAGAAUAGAAAAAGUUUACAUAAGGUUAUUCUCAAAGCAGUUUCAUGUAUUGUAUAAUGUUUCCCAUUUCUUAUACAUUGUUUAAUCAUGUGAACAAAUUUUUACGAUAUUCCAUAAUACUCUCUUUUACAAAAUUGCAUUCGGAUACUUUUAUUUUUAUUAGUUGAAAAAAAAUAUUUAAUGAUAUGUUUUAUGUUUUAUCCAUAUUUAAAAUCAGGCAAUUGUAUUCGGUUUUUGUACUUUUCUUUUGAUCAAAUAAUUUCCUGCAUUUUGUACUUUUCAUUUUUACAAGAUUUGAUGCUCGACCGGUGUAUUAUAGUUCAUAUAAAAACCAAAAGGAUAUAAUGCAUCAUAAAAAACAUUCAAAUGCGUUUUACAAAAAUGGACCAAAUAACGUAAUCGUUUAUUAUAACUUCUGAAGUGCGGUCGUUCAUUUUUUUAACAUUCAGGGUACAUGACAUUGGUCCCAAUUAUUCUUCAAACUUUUAAGGUACUUGAUGGUCGGCGGAACUUGAUGGUAAUACCAACGUUUCGCUGGAAUAGUUACCAGAGUACAAUUUCACCGCUAAUAUUUCACGUUCAAUAACGCAUAGAUAGGAAUCAUUCUGUCGUCGUAUUAUUAAUCCUUGUAAUAUUGCUCGCCCCUUGUAUGGUUAUGUGCGAAUGACACUUCUAAUUUCAAAUGGUCUAAUUUUCAAUGCCUUUACUGUUUUUAAGUAGUAUAAGGAAGAUUGACGAUUUGCAAAAUUUGGCACAAUAUUUGAAUUAGAAAAGAAAUUAAUUUAUUUAUAAAUUCCUUUAAUACAAAUACUGAAUAACAGUUGAUUUUGAGUAAAGAAGAAAUUACAUUACACAUCUCUGUUGCUACCCUUAUCUCCAUUCGCACAUGAUCAACGUGUAUAUUCAUUGUAUUCAUGUUGCUAACAAAUACUCUUUGUGAGCUGCGUAAAUUUGUGAACGUAAAAGUUAAGCCCUAGUUUUUGUUAACACAUUACUUGUCAAGUAGAAAUAUUUUUCAAUUUCUUCUUUCAACGUAUACCAUUCAUAAGUUUUAGGGUUUAUAGAAAUGGAGCACGUAGGCUUCUUUACACUAAAGUACAUUUUACUAACUUAUACACAUAUUUCUAUAUUCAAAAUUAAUUGAAUUCUCUUGUUAAACAAGUCACAAAUUAGAGGCAGGAAGCAAUGUGUUAACAUAUGAAUGAAAAGAAGAAGAGAAGAGGAAAAGGAGAGUAGAUUCUAUUGGUUUAUUAUUAAUUAUUUCAUUAGUUUUUGGUUUACACUUCAGAUUUAGUUGUUAAACAAUUAUGUUACUGCAUAAUGUUAAAACAAGUAAUAAUACUCAUAUAAUGAUCUAGUUGAAUUCCUUUUUCUGUUUUUUCAGGUGUAAAUGAUAAACCUGUUUUUCUUUUAAGGGAAUAGUGUGUAUGCGUGUAUAUGUGUAUGUAUGUAUGUACGCAAUCGUUUUAAUGAUAAUUGUAUUUUCGACUGAAAGAAAACAAUGAAGAAAAUGUUAUUUUAGUUAACUGUAAAACGUGUACUAUGAUCGUUUUAGAUCAAGAAGUCAUGUGUUGCAUUUUAUUAUUUUGUUUUAUAGUUUACACGUGCCUCGUGUAGUCAUGUCAUAGUCACGAGAAAUUUAUAAUAUUAGUUACAAUUCUUUUAUCAUUAUAACUAUAUUAAAGUGACACUGAUCAUUUGUCUUUAUACUUUCAAGGUAAAACGUUAAUUUUAGUUCUGAGAAAAUGGAUACGGAAAAUAUUUAAAAAAUUUCUAAGAAUAAAGAGAUCAAUCUUGAUUGUCAUCCCUUUUGGAAAUUAAGUAGAAUUAAAAGAAUGUUUCUAGAACGAUUGGAAUGCAAAAACAAAUUUAAACAAUCAUAUUGUUUCUAAACUAUAAAUUCUUCUACAUGACUUCCACGAACUCGAUGAACUACAAGAUUUCUAAUACUCAGUUGGAUAUAAGAUUACUUGUAGAUUUCAGUUAAAGUUUCUUAGUUGUGACUAUCUGAUCAUGAUCUAUGUUCGAUUGUUCCUCAUUGAGAAAACCGUUAUUCUACAUGAUUUGUACAUAAGUGAGAAAUUAAGAAGCUUGAUGUAUCGUAUAGAAUCUUUUACAAGACGACCGUCAUAAUAGAAUUGUAUAUAUAAAAAUGGCAAAAUAAGAUAUAACAUUGUACAGUAGAAUAAAAGAUUACCAAAUAAAAGAGUUU